AUGGAAGAUUUAGAUGCAUUGGUAAAUUCAUCCACACAGAGUACAAAGAAGCAUAAGAAGGAGAAGAAGGAGAAGAAAUCUGAAUUAAAGAAAAUGGGCGCCUUAAAUGGUCCAACAGGAGCUUUGAGAUUUAUGGCUCAAGAUAACAGAAGAAUUAUGGACCCAACAAUUGCAAGGCAGAAUAAUAUCAGUAAGAUCAUUGAAUACUUAGAGAGCCGCAAAUCAAAAGGAAAGGCUCCAUGCACUCUUUCCGAAAUUGAAAAAGAAUUAAAAAUCAAAGUAUCAGAUGACGAUGAUUUAGUUGCUGCUCUUCAGAAGAAUGAAUCCAUUGUCUACGAAUACAACAAAUAUUCAUUUAAGACAGAGCAUCAAACAGGAAAUGAAAAUGAAUUAUUGAACUCCCUUAGAAAAGAAAGAUUCGUUGACAAAUCAACCUUCUUACAAGGUGCAUUCGAAGGCGCCGAUAAAGAGCUCGAUGACCUUAAAGAUCAAGGAAUUAUUGACAUUUUUAAAGGCGAUCAAAAGAACAAAGUCAUUUUCUACUACGAUGAAAUACUCCGUGAAGAUGAAGAAGUUCUCGCUGCAAAAGAAUUUUCUUCUUUGUGGCAUUCAGAAUUUACAAUUAUUCCGGCCGAGGACGAGUUCAGAGACAAAAUGUGCAGAGAAAACCAUAUCGAACCUGUUAAAGCCCUCAAACCACUGAACCAGCAAAACGAAGAACCUGUUGAAAAGAAAAGAAGGACAAGGAAGCAAACUUUCUCAAGCUCGAACCAGAAAUUCCUUGAAUAA